CAUAUGACGCGCAGGUGCAGUGGGAUGUGGGGGCGUGAGGUCUUAUCCGAGUUCUCCGCGGUGUUGUCAUCAUAAGUGGCGUGGAAUACGGGUAAUUUGCGCCAACCAAGGACGCAGUAAACCUUGUAGAUACGGUUGAACAGGGCCGUGAAGGGCAAAUAAAUUGGUGCUGUGAAUUGCGCCACUGUAGCUAGCUUGCUUCCAUCUGCCUGGGGGAAAUUUCCAGCCCAUUGAAAUAAAGCAGCCUGCAGACGACGCCCGGACGGCCAGCUGGUGUGAUGUGAGCCGCGCCCCGGCCCACUGGCGAGGCCCGCACCGACAGCUAUGGCGGCGCUUGACUCCUUCCUCGAUCUGGACGCCACGCUGGUGGGCGACGAUCAACGGCUGGAGCCGCUGGAGGACGAGGCAGCCGAGCUCGUGUGCUCCAUCUGCCGUGAGGGCUUCACCAGCCCACGCCUGCUGCGCUGCCUGCAUGCCUUCUGCGAGGCGUGCCUGCAGCGACAGCACGAGGAGGACGAGGACGAGAGCGGCACGGUCUCGUGCCGUCGCUGCCAGGAGAGCACGCGACUGGGCGAACGGGGCGCCGCCGCCCUGCCGUUGGACCACGUGACACAGAACCUGCGCGACAUGCAGCUGAUCCGCGAGGACUCGGCGCUGUGCUCCAGCUGCCGCACGGGCCAGCGGGCCGAGGCACGCUGCGCGGACUGCGCCCACUUCCUGUGCGCCCAGUGCCACCUGGCACAUCAGAAAAUGAACUGCUUCCAGAAGCAUCAAGUGAUGACGCUGAGUGAGCUGGACGAUGCGGCUCUGAAGAACCCGAUUCCAAUUCACCGUCCGGUGGCCUGCGUGCACCACUGCGACACACAGGUUUCCCUGGCCUGCAUCACCUGCAAGAUGCCCGCCUGCGAGCAGUGCCAGCUGGCUGGCGGUGCCCAUACGCCACCAGAGCAUGUGCUAAAGCGCAUUUGUGACGUGGAGCGCGUGGAGUGGGGUGAAUUCCUCAACACCAUCGAUGAAGCGAAGACGAAGAAGAAGCAGAUGGACAGCACCGGCAACGAUGUGCAGAUGGCGCUGGAAUCGCUGAAGGCGGCGCACGAGCGCUGUUGCCUCCAGAUCGAGGAACAGCUGGCGGCGGGACAGCGUGCGCUCACGCACUACCACCUGCUUCUGCGCCAGCGCUGUGACCAGCUGCACCGGCAGAAGCGGGACCUGGUGUGGGACGUGGGCGAGCGCUGUGACAGGGACAAGGCCCAUCUGGAGCAGGCACUUAGGCUGGCGGACCGGCUGAUGGAGUUCGGGGAUAGCGCCGAGCUGCUGUCGCUGAAGCCAGCCGUGCUGGAGCGGGUGCACCAGUCCGCUCAGAUGACGCAGCUGCCUGCUAGCCUGGACAUGACAUUUGUCUGCGACCCAAGCAAGGUGGACGCCACCAUCAAGGCGAUGCUCGGCCACUUCCUGGAGGACGAGCCGCCAGCGGCGCCGCAGCCGUCGCUCACGCGCUCACCUCCGGCGGCGGACGGCCGAGAUCUGGCGGUGGUGGGCGCGCCGUCCGCACCGCCCGGUCCUGUGUCGGUCUCGCGGCCGUUCUCGCGCCAGACGACCACCAUCUCGCCGGUGGAGGCGGACAUGCCACCCUUCAGCGUUGGCUACAACUCUCUGUCAUCGCCCAGCCUGCCGUCGCCGAUCAACGGUCUGGGCAGCAGCAGCGGCAUCGGCAGCAGUCUGAGCAGCCUGUCCGGUGGCCACAGCAGCGGUGCUCCGCCUCCGCUCGGUCCCUCGUCGCCACCACCGCCGCCGCCGCCGCCACCGCCGCCGCCAGCGCCGCCAGCGCCGCCCGUCAUGGCCGCCCUGGCCGACAGUGGCUUCCGCCUGCCCCAUCCUCCGCCGCCCAUGGCCGCCGAUCGGCCCUCCACUCUGUACGAGAGGUCGCAGAGCUAUCAGGAGGCGGUGUUCACCGGUGACGUCUCGAGCGGCGUCGGUCUGCAGCUGGAGUUCCUGAACUCGGGCUCGCAGAUGGCGCUGCAGAACAUCAAGGCGCUGGCGCGUCUGGGCAGCGGCGGCGGCGGCGACGGUGGUGACGUGAUGGACAGCUUCUUGGGUGGCCGGGCGCCGCCGCCGGUCACUCACCAGCCGCCGCCGCCGGCAGCAGCGGCCAUCUCCCCGCUGAUGCCUGCAGGUGACGCGGGGCUGGGACGGCCGGGCCUGCAGCAGCAGCUGCGCGGCCUCUCGCCGUCCGGGCCGGCCAGCCCGCUGCUCGGCGCCACCGGUCCUCUGCUGGGACACAACGGCUUCGCCAUGGCGCCAGGCCUGGGCAGCAGCAGCGGCUCCGUUUCACCCACCACACGACGCGGCGGCGUAGCCAGCACGCUCUCCAGCAUGCAGAUCCGCGCCAAGUUUGGCCAACUGGGACAGCUCAAGGGACAGUUCAACUCGCCGCACGGCUUCUGUCUCGGUGCCGACGAGGAGAUAAUAGUGGCCGACACCAAUAACCACCGCAUUCAGAUGUUCGACAAGCGCGGCGAGUUCAAGUACAUGUUCGGCAUACCGGGCAAGGACGAGGGUCAGCUGUGGUACCCGCGCAAGGUGGCCGUCAUCCGCUCGUCCGGCAAGUUCGUCGUCUGCGACCGCGGCAGCGAACGCUCUCGUAUGCAGAUCUUCAGUCGCAACGGCUACUUCGUGCGGAAAAUCUCCAUCCGCUGCAUCGACAUCGUGGCCGGGCUGGCCAUCUCGACGGCCGGCCAUAUCGUGGUGGUGGACAGCGUCACCCCGACCGUUUUCGUCAUCGCCGAGAACGGCAGCCUGAUGAAGUGGUUCGACUGCAGCAACUACAUGCGCGAGCCAUCCGACAUCGCCGUCUGUGGCAACGACUACUACAUCUGCGACUUCAAGAACCACUGCGUGGUUGUGUUCGACUCGGAAGGCCAGUUCCUGCGCCGGCUGGGGUCGGAGAACAUCACCAACUUUCCCAACGGCAUUGACGUGUCGGACGCCGGCGACGUGCUGAUCGGCGACUCACACGGCAACAAGUUCCAUGUGGCCGUCUUCAGCCGCACCGGGCAGCUGCUCUCGGAGUUUGAGUGUCCGCACGUCAAGGUGUCGCGGUGCUGCGGCUUGAAGCUCACACACGAGGGCUACAUCAUCACCAUCGCCAAGAACAACCACCACGUGCUGGUGCUCAAUACGUUGUACAUUGCCUAGGGGCAGUGGCGGACGGCUGGGCUGGGCUGGCUCCCUCCUGGCUUUGCCGCUCACGCCCGGCCCGACAACACGGGGACAGGCAUAAAUCGGUUGCUCAAUUGUCUGGCUUUCCGCGUGCAGUAUUUUUGCAUCCACCGAUGACAAAUGCCUUGUUUGUUAGCGUUUUUGCCCGGUUUUUUGCCGCGCACACGCCCGCGUGAACAGGGCUGGUGUCCGUGUCGUCUACCCUCGUGUUUUCACGCUUCCUGGUGCCACCACCCCUGACUGAGAGUGUUGCGACGGUCGGCCAAUACUCAUGCGUGUGUGUGUGUGUGCGCGCGCGCGCGCACGCACGGUUAUUGCCAAUCCUCGAAUGGGCACGCACCGCCCCGCGCCCGCCUCCGCCCGCCGUGCUCCCGGCCUCGGGCCAUAUACGAAAGAUCUCCUCGAAGAAAUGUGAUGUUCGUGCCACGUCGCAGUUGUCUUCGUACCGGUUCGUGUCUACACACGCGUACGGACAUGCUGUCUUCGUGCGCGCCUUUGUGCAUAGGGACAUGUAUAUGUGUUCAUUUUGGUUUGCGCAUACGUGUUAUUGGGGGGCUGGUUUUUGCGUGUGUAUGAUCGGUUGUGUGUAUGUGUGUGGGUGUGGGUGUGUGGGUGGGUGUGGAGUGUGCGCGCGUAUACGUAUGUAUGUACGUGGUCAGUGUUUGUGUGUCGUGUGGCUAGCGCGCAUCGCUCUUGGCUGGAGGGAGCGCAGUCGGAGAGGCCCGCCGCCAAGGCACCGCACGCCUGGGGAGGGGAGCGUCGGCAGGGCCACUGCGGAGAGAUGUCCCCCCUCGCACCGCCCCUAUUGUGUGCCCUUACCAAAGAUGGCGAAUUCUUUCACGGUUGUGGCGGGUGCGUCCCGUCCGUGCGGGCAAAUAAUAAUUGUACCUAGUCUUUGAUAGUCACGGUGCACACGUGACCGGGAGCGGUCGCAUGGCACUGACGCGAUCCCGGCCCCAAAUCUACGUUGUUCCUAAAGAUGCCGCCGCGGGGUGUUAUCCGUAGCGCCGGCGCAAGUGGCGGUGGUUAGAGCCGACGGCUCAUGACCCCACCGCCCGGCUGCUGUCGCCGGCUUCUUGCAGUUCGGCUUGUGCUCACACGAUGAUAGCGUUGCAGUCCCCAGCGGUGGUGUCUGUGAGCCACACCAGUGGACUGGUGUAUGUCUUUUGGUUGCGCCUCGCGUAGCAAGUGUCGGGCUGCUGACAGUAGCAGAGCUUGACAGAGUUGCGCGGCGCCGCAUUGUCCUGGUAACCUAUAAUCAAACUAAGUGAUAUGACGGCCGUCUUAGAUUUGUGUUUGCUGCCAUGUAGUGUACGUUUAGUUUUCUUUUCCUUGACUAGUUAUACAGAUAACUGGCCCAGCUUGUUCUCCAUCAACAGAUCCCGCCCGGAUUUCUUCUGUCUUUACGGUCUUGCAUUAUUUUCGAUGGGCCGCUGUGUGCGGCGUAUACUUUAUUGCGUACUUAGCAUACUACGUAGGAAAGGUGAUAGCUCCGUGAUUGUUAUAUAAACCCCUUUGGUGCAUUUUAUGCAAAUGUUGCUGUAUGAUAUGCCUAAAAUAGUCAUGUUGGGCCAGCUAUUAAAAUCACAGUAUUUAUACUAUUGUGUGAGUGGUGUGUAUCAUUGUAACACUAGAGCCAUAGCGAGGGGCCGACAAGAAAUCCGAGUUAGUUAAAUUUUUGUAGCUCUUUUGGUCGGUGGCGCUGUUGUUGCCGGCCUCGUGUCCUGGCCGCCAGCAACUUCUCAAGUUGACUGUGUCUGGGUGUGUGUGCGUGGCGUGCAUCCGCGGGUUCUUGUACAUUGUCAUUGUCGACCAUUCCAUCCACGCCCGGCUUUGGGGCGGGCCAGACCGGGCGACGGCGGCCGGCCGGCCGUCGCAGAGCGGGCAGCGGGCCGGCCGGCCGGCUGCCGCGCAGUCCCAGUCUUCCAGGGCGGCUCCGCCAAGCGCCGCCGCCGUGCGCGCUUUCGGUUGGUUCUGUACCUACUUGUAAUCGUUAAAUCUCAUAUAAGAUGUAUAUGUUUGUGUGUGUGCGUGCGGGGGUGGGUGCGCGUGUGACAUUCGUCAGCGAGGAAGACUAGUCGCCGUCUGUCGGAACGCCUUUGUACAAGUGCAGCGCCCGGUCACUUGUCGAAACGCUUAUGUGCCCUUCAGAAACAUAUCAGCCUCCCUUUCCAUAACGAGUAGCGUGCUCGGCUGACGCGAGAACGGCGAAGAGUUUUGUCUGGUGUGCUGUGGCCGGCGCCGUGGUGCCGUGUAACAGCAAGAUAACGCGGCCUGUGUGGUUGUGUGCGGACUGCAGCAGGUGACUGUCCGGUGAGCGGUGGCCCGCAAGACACCUGAUUGACCGACGUGACGCUAGUGUAGCCCGGCUUGGCAGCAGCGAGCCUGGUCCAUCCUUUUCUUGUGACAAUGAUAUUGUGCACUCUUCUCUUUUCUCGGUGAUUUCAGCAUUCAGGUGAUGUUUGCUAGUAGGUUUAGCAUUUUAUUAUACAUGUUUAAUUUUUAUUUGUUCAGUUCCAGGCAGGAGAGUACAAAUUCAGUUACACAGUUUUUACCAACAAACUAUGCCUAAUUAGAGCUUGUAUUUUAAGUCAGGUGGCAAUGCGUGUGCUGUGUUAUUGAGUUAACCGGUGUUUUAGAGACAUCAUCCACCGUGUUUUACGUUUGGACUGGUGUUUUGGCAAAUGUUAGCAAGUUAAUGUUGUGUUAGUAUAUCAAAGUAAUCAAGUUACGUGUUCUAGAGGCGCUUUGUUCCGUUCUAUUCCAUUUACGAGUUACAAUAAACACUAGAAACUUCC